CUCAAUCUCCGCUCUUUCGGUCUUUUGAUCAUCCGUCUCUUUCUCAUGCGAACGACAUCAUCCCACGUUCAAGUUUUACUCUGGCACAGGCAUCUCCAUCACUUUUUCUGUAUCGCACGGGAAAGGAUUUAACCACACACUCACCUCCGCGUCUUCCUCUUUCGGCCCGUGAAACCUUAUCUCGUACCUUUUUCCAUCCGACCUAUUUUUUUCUUGGAUACGUCACAAGCAGCCGAAAGACAAGUAUAAGGAGAAAAGCUUGUAGACCAAUAAUUUCGACCAACUUUUUGGCAUAUUUCAUCGCGUCAAAACUGACCUUUGCCCUCCUGGCUUCUGCUUUUCAUGUCUCCACGAGUCGUGUGCAGCAAUUAUGGCGGGAAAACAUGAGCACAGUCGACAUGCUGACACAACGGCUUUUACGGAUUAUGGAGAAGGCGAGGUUGCUGGUGGUGUGAAUGAUGUGUUUGGGGAAGAGGAACAUCAUCAGAUCAAAUACAAAACUCUCUCCUGGCCCCUCGUCUCCAUCCUCAUGAUAGCAGAGAUCGUCAGCAACGGUAUGCUCUCUCUCCCCUCCAGUCUCGCAACCAUCGGCCUCGUCCCUGGUCUCGUCGUUAUAAUUUUCCUCGGCAUUUUCGCCACCUACACUUCCUGGCUUCUCGUCAAAUUCAAGCUUCGUCAUCCUCAAGUACACAAUAUGGGUGAUGCAGGCCAUAUCCUCGCUGGUAGAGUGGGCAAAGAAGUGCUUGGUGCUGGAACGGUCAUUUUUGCGGUUUUUGCUACGGGAGGACAGUUGCUUGCUGGUCAGAUUGCGUUGAGCAGUUUGAGUGGGGAGAGGUUGUGUCCUGUGUUGGGGGCGGUGGUGUUUGCGGUGCCGACUCUGGUUGGCAGUUUUCCGCGUACGUUGGAGAGGUUGGGGUGGUUAAGUGUGCCUAGUGUGGUGUGCAUUGCUGUUGCAGGUAUCGUGGGGAUGGUAGGUGCUGGAUUGGAACCAGAGGAGGGAAGACGUGUAAGAGUUGUUGAAAGCCCGAGUUUCUAUACUGCGUUUAGCAGUGUGACGAAUCCCGUUUUUGCCUACGCUGGACACUUCAUGUUCUUCAUCCUCAUGUCCGAAAUGAAAACCCCCACCGACGCAAUGAAAGCAGCCUACACACUCCAAACCUUUGCAACAACCUACUACGCCAUCUUCGCCGCAAUAACCUACAUCUACAUUGGCUCCACCGUAACCUCACCCUCCUUUUCCUCUCUACCCUCUACCUACCAAAAAGCAGCCUAUGCAAUCGCAAUCCCAAAUUUUCUCAUCGCAGGCUGUUUGUACGCACACACGGCUGCUAAAUUGGUGUUUGUACGAUUGUUUCGGGGCACGAAGCAUAUGCACUCUCAUACCUAUCUUGGCUGGACUACUUGGAUGUUGCUUGUGGUGGUUAUGAAUGUUUUGGCUUUUGUGCUUGCGGUUGGGGUGCCGGUGUUUAAUUAUUUGAUUGGACUCGCGGCGAGUCUGUUUGCGGCGUGGUAUACAUAUGGUAUCGCGGGUUGCUUUUGGCUGCAUGAUGUUUACCACGAUCAUGGUGGUGUUCGAGGGUGGAAGGCGAGAUCUUUUCAGGCUGCGUUGGCGGUCGCGACGUUCUUUGCUGGGGGCUUUGUUUGUGUUGCUGGGUUGUAUGUUAACAUUCGAGGGAUCAUUGAGGCGUAUCAGAGUGGUGAGGUUAGCAGACCUUUCAGUUGUUAGAUCUUGCAAUCUCGAACCCGUCUUGAUUUAAAGUCAGGACUGGUCGGAGCGGCCUUAGAAGUAGCUUGUGACUCUGCAUCCGGUAGCUUGCUCGGGACACACUCAACGAAGUUGCUGAUCAUGGACACAACUUGUCUCUCAGAGUAAGGUCGAUACUGAUGCCAGAAGACAUGGAGCCUAGACGGAAGAGGAAGUAGGGGGGUAGAUACGUGACUUCCAUAGCACUCUCACAGUC